AUGACUGAAUGUGUAAAUCCCUUUGAAUUCUGUGAUAUUGUUACCUCAACGACCCAUAAGAGUCUUCGAGGUCCAAGGGGAGGUAUUAUUUUUUUCAGGAAGGGUUCAAAGCCAAGGAAGAGAGGGAUGCUUUUGACUCAAGGUGAUGCUAGUGAUAGAUAUGACUUUGAGGAGAAGAUAAACUUCGCCGUUUUUCCAGCACUGCAAGGUGGACCACACAAUAACCACAUUGCUGCCCUUGCCAUAGCCUUGAAACAAGUGGCUACACCCGAGUACAAGACAUAUAUGCAACAGGUGAAGAAAAAUGCACAGGCUUUAGCAUCUGCCUUAUUGAGGAGGAAUUGCAGACUGGUGACUGGAGGCACCGACAAUCAUCUGUUGCUUUGGGAUCUAAGAACUCUUGGAUUAACAGGUAAGAAUUAUGAGAAGAUCUGCGAGUUGUGUCACAUUACUCUCAAUAAAGUUGCUAUUUUUGAUGAUAAUGGCACUAUUACGCCUGGAGGUGUGAGGAUUGGUACUCCUGCUAUGACAUCAAGAGGUUGCCUUGAGGCUGAUUUUGAGACAAUGGCCGACUUUCUCCUCAGAGCUGCGCAGAUUGCAAGUUCAGUGCAGAGAGAACAUGGUAAAUUGCCAAAGGCUUUCCUAAAGGGUCUUCAGAACAACAAAGAUAUUAUUGACCUACGGAACCGAGUUGAAAGUUUUGCAUCUCAGUUUGCAAUGCCAGGAUUUGAUGUGUAACUUGGUCAGAGAUGGAAGUCAUGAAUGUAUGUCUUCCUGUAGCCAGGACUGACAUCUGCUCUACAUGGUAAUAAUUGCAAAGCACAUUUAAUUCUUUCCCGCGCACUUGACUCAGCUUCUCUGUAUGAUGUUCUCUCCAGUCUCUGCUGGCAGCCAACCUUUAAAAAAUUACAGUGUAGCAUCACACAUUACUUGGCAUUUGAUGCACCAUUCCUGCUGUUUUGGUCAACUGGCUAUGUCUCUACUGUGUCUUGACGUCAAAUGCUGUGAUUCCAAGGUGUGUAAAAAUUAUUCCAGAGUGACGGAUCCUCGCCUUAUAUCUUUCAUAAUUUUGGGGAGCUUGGUAAUCUUGUGAGUUUGAUACAGGGUGUGAAAUCCCUGUACCUUCUGCUAUUGUUUGAUCCAUUAAAGGCGACUCUGGGUCAAUUAUUUCUUAGCUUACUGUUUCUGUUUUUUUUUUUUUUUGUACUCACAGAAGUUAUACACUUAUAUACAGCAUAAACUAUGGUUCUUCACUCUUUUUUUUUUUUUCUGGAAG